UGUCACACCGCCUUGGGCACGAGACUGCGGGAACAAACCAACAUGGAGUUGAGUACGGAAGUGCAGGAAGGGCUGCAGCUAUGCGGGGAUUCGGCCCAAAUCAGCGACCCAGCCUUCAACUUUCUAGUCAAGUCAGCCUGCGAGACACUCUUACAGGGCAGGCAGCGAGACAGGGAUGUUUUAGAUGACCCCAGUGUUACCCAGGCUGACCCUGCUGUACUGAAGCAGGUUUUUGCUUCUCUCACCACCCUGUUACUGGAGGCUGCCAAACACAACACAGACUCAACUAACACAAGUUCCCUUCUUGAAGACUGUAAGAUGAGUCCUGAUAGAAUAGAGGCCUUUAACAAUGUCUACAUGAGUAACAGGACAGAACUUCAAUCUGUGUUGAGUAGCACAGGCAGUGGUUUUCCACACAUAGUGGAUGUAGACUGGAGACUGGACUAUUACAUAAAGAACAACCACCUGGACCAUGUGAAUGAGCCAACUUAUCUGGUCACUCUCAAGACUGAGGAACCAGGAAGUUCUGAGUUGAAAGAUGUUCAGUUUGCCUGCACAGUGGAACAGCUGCAGGACAUGGUUGGGAAACUUAAGGAUGCCUGCAAGAGUAUGGAGAAAGCCAGCCAGACAUGAGUUUCUAAUAAAAGGGCUCACCUUUUUAUAGUAGCAUUCCAGCUUACAUGUGCUAAAUCAAACUGCUCAAACACUUCAAUCUCAUUUGGAAAUUUGAUCAAUAGUUUUGCAUCAGCUGAAACAAUGAAAUAAUAGCCACAGGCAAGGGUGACCCUAGCAAAGAAUGGUUGUCAAUGAAAUGUGCUGCCGCAUACACAGCUCAUUCAAGCAAUGGAAGAAGCUGGCUAUUCUGUGUUUCUUUUGAAUUUUGAUCAAUGAUUUUUUCAUCAACUGGUAUUUCAUAGAUCUAAGUACUAUUGGCUUAUGAUAUUGAUUUAUAAUUUAGAAAUAAAGAAAACAAAAUUCAAGCUGUGUCUUUUAAGACACUCAUCCCAAAUGCCAAAUAUGAAAUAACAGGGAUGUUAUGAGAAAUGAUAAAAAUGUUAUCCCCAAAUUUAUAGCUCUAAUUUACAUAUACAUGUAUGCAAAAUUUAUUCAUCUUAAAACAUGUACAUGUUGGCAUAAACAAGACAGCGUUUCUAGUGCUGAUUGCUACAAAUAGCAGACUUCUCAAUUUGUAAAAUUCUUACUAG